AUGUUGUUACUGACCUUGUGUCAAGAUCUAAAGGCUGUAGUCUGCCAGCAGUUUAUGAACAGAGAAGCUACUGACAAUCAUGCUGCAUGUCUCUCCCAAAAUGAGCUGGCGGGAGACGGGGUAGGGAUCUGUGAUGAACUGAUCAGUUUGGAGAUCACGUCUCCUGAUGUAUGUGAUCUCACACUAAUCGAUCUACCUGGCAUAACCAGAGUACCUGUAAAAGGUCAACCAGAGGACAUUGGAGACCAGAUCAGACAUCUCAUCCUGAAAUUCAUUGAGAAGAGAGAAACUAUCAAUUUGGUUGUGGUUCCCUGCAAUGUGGACAUAGCAACAACAGAAGCUCUGAGAAUGGCGCAGGGAGUGGAUCCUGAUGGAUCAAGGACUUUAGCAAUACUGACUAAGCCAGAUUUGGUGGACAAAGGUGCUGAGACAGACAUCUUGCAGAUUAUUGAGGGCAAAGUAGUUCCUCUGAAGAAGGGUUACAUUAUGGUCCGAUGUCGUGGCCAGAGUGACAUAAAUGAGCAAAUUUCAUUAGAAGAGGCCACAAGACUGGAAACAGAGUUCUUCAGGAGCCACAGUCACUUCAGCUAUCUUCUGGAUCAACAGAAAGUGUCAACAAACUGUCUUGCCACCAGGCUGACUAAAGAACUCGUUGAACACAUAAAGUCAUCAUUGCCAAGCCUCACAGAACAGAUUCAGAUACGACUGUCAGCAGUGAAAAUGGAACUGAGAAAUUGUGGCCAGGGUCUGCCCAUGGAGAAAGAGAAGAUGGGCCCCUAUCUAAGCAAAAAAAUGUUGGAGUUCAGUGACCAGAUCAGUGAGCUGUGCAGAACUGGGGAGUCAAAUGACAAGAACAUAUAUUCUCUGCUGAGACUUGUGUUCAAACAGUGGGAGCUGAACCUGAGAGAUUCAAAAGUUGCAUUUAGGGCAGCUAUAAAGGAGAUGACAGAAAAAUAUGAUGAGGUGCAUCGUGGGAGAGAGCUGGUGACCUUUAGUGACUACUGUGUAUAUGAAUCUACAAUAAAGAAACAUGUGGAGGAUCUUAAACACCCAGCUUUGCAGACACUUAAGCUGGUUAGAGAUAUUGUGCAGAAAGAGUUUAAGGAUCUGUGUGAGAUCGGUUUUCAAAACUUCCCUCAACUGAGAUACAUAAUCGUGAAUCAGAUUGAUGAAAUUCAGUCAAAGCAAGAGAGCAAGGUGGAGAAGAGGAUCAGAGAGUACAUCAACAUGGAGAAGCUUGUAUAUACCCAGGAUCCCAUCUUCACACAGAAGAUGGUCGACUUUCAGUUUGUGGAACGGAUUCAGGAGUAUGAGUCAACUGCUUUAGACAAGGGAGAAAAUGCUGCUUCCCCCAAUAACUGCACAGUUUUCGAUACCAGGAAGCUUACUCCUGAGAAGCUUAUUAUCUAUUACGAGAUUGUGUACCAGCGGCUGGCGGACUUUGUGCCCAUGCUCAUCUUGCUCUUCAUGCUGAAGGAAUCGGCCGGGAUGCUGCGUGCUCAUUCCAUGGACAUGCGGGACGGAGCCGACGCAGUGAAGCUGCUCAUGGAGGACUCAGAGGCAGGCCACAGAAGAACGGAACUCUACCAGCGCCUGGAGCGUCUGCGGCAAGCUCAAGAUAAGAUCAGCAUCAACCUCUGA